UUUGUGUUUGUCAUUUAAUAAAUUAACUUUGACAAAAUAAACUUUUAUCAUUAUACUUUAAAUUCUGUAAUAGUAACUUUAAUCGAAUUAAUAUGAGUGCGACUAAAGCAUCAGUGCCUAUUAUUAUCAAAUUAGAUAUCGGGGACCAGUUAACAUCUAUUUCGUGUGGUCAUAUUGUUGUUGAGUUAAUAAAGUUUAUAGCGUAUCAAAGACUGCAAAUACCUUAUAGUUAUCAAUGGCUUAAGCAGGUUGUCAAUAAAAAAAAACAAUGCGUAGAGGUGAAAGAUUCAUUCCAGUCGGAAAAACAUUUUCACGUUGCUUCUACUGCUUUGGAUAAUUUAGAUUUCAUCAUCAAGAGUCUGUUGAAGGAGAUAGAUGGACCAAGUGUACCUGAAGAAGUUUGCAUUGCCCUGGGUGGCACACCAGACACAAGUAAGGAGGUUUACCGCCUUCUUCUACCAAGUUAUUGCCAUAAGUCUCAAUGCCAUUCUAAGCACAUAGCAUCAGAUCAGAGGAUACAAAUGAAUGUAUUUAGGACUUUGGUUACGACAGAUGUAUUGGGCAAAGUUUUUCAAAACACAUUGCCUCCAACAAACAUGCAUGUGUUACUAAAGAAGAAGAAUAGUACAUGUGAUGUUGUGUGCACAGAUAGUUUUGUCUUAUCUAAUGGUUACAGAUUGCCGCGAAGUUCAAAGGUUGUUGUUAUAGAUUUUAGAACUGAGAAUCAUGAAAAUCUCUCUUGUUGUAAUAAUUUUUCUGUUUUCGAGGAAGUUAUUAGUAAAAAUUUUACUGAUUUAAAAAUUUGUGAUAAUGAAAAUGAUGCCGAAGAUUAUAAUGAAAUAGAAUCAAGUAGUACAAUGACUUGGUACCAGUCUUGUUAUGUUAUGAAAGGCUUCAGAGAUUGUAUAGUUAGUGGAAGCUCUGUAACAAACAAAUGGUUACAUUUGUGACAAUAGUUCUUACUUUUUAUUGAAUGUCAUCACAUGAUGAUUACUCUGAUUUAGAAAAAUUUAUUGCUUUUUAUGAUUUUUCAUCAAAAGACUUAUUCUACAGAACCAAUACUUUAUAUUUAAGAUAUAUAAUAAUAGAAGAUAUAAGCAAAAGGCUUCUUUAUUAAAAGUCUUAACACAAGUAUAAAGUGAAUUCUCAUAGGUAAUAUUUAAGAGUACAGUCAUAUUCAUUUCUUUUAUUUGUUGACUAGUGGCUAGUUUUACCAGUUGUGCCAUAUUUUUAUCAGUUGUAUUGACUGUUAGUUGAAUUUAGACAAAUUUAUGUUUCAUUUGAUUGCAUAAAUAUAAUCAAUUUUACAAUAAAUAUGUUAAAUCAUUAAUACUUGUUUUCUCUUAUAUUUACAAAGAAAUCAGUCAAAAACCAACUAUCCAUUUUAAAAUAGUUAUUAUCUUUAAAUGGUUAUAAUAAAAUUAAGGUUUUUUUACAUAUGUUUUUUUUUUUAAAGC